UCCAUAUUCCCUCACUGGUAUCUCUUGCAUCCCCCUUUCAAUCCCAAGUCACUGCGAAACCUAUCACCGAUGGAUAGUGAUCUGCCUCAAACACUGGGCAAAACAAUCCCAGAUGCCUGGGACUACAAGGACUGCCCAGCCGAGCGCUCCAAAACUGGUGGCUGGGGAAGUGCUGCCAUGAUUCUAGGUGGGGAGGCUUGUGAGAGGCUUACUACACUCGGUAUUGUUGUUAAUCUGGUGACUUAUUUGACGGGUACUAUGCACUUGGGCAAUGCUACCUCUGCCAAUACAGUCACCAACUUCCUUGGAACCUCUUUUAUGCUGUGUUUGCUUGGUGGCUUUAUCGCUGACACCUUUGUUGGAAGGUAUCUCACCAUCGCCAUCUUUGCCACCGUGCAAGCACUGGGUAUCACAGUCUUGACCAUCUCAACCGCAGUCCCAAGCUUGAGGCCCCCGAAAUGCGUAAACGACACAGGUUGCGUUCCUGCAAACAGCAAGCAACUGACAAUCCUAUACUUAGCCUUAUACAUGUAUGCCCUGGGCACCGGCGGUCUCAAAUCAAGUGUCUCAGGAUUCGGUUCGGAUCAAUUUGAUGAGACAGACGAUAAAGAGAAAAAACAAAUGACAAGUUUCUUCAAUUGGUUCUUCUUCUUAAUAAACAUCGGCUCACUGGGUGCAGUUACAAUUCUUGUUUACAUACAAGAUCAUGUAGGGAGGAAGUGGGGAUAUGGCAUAUGUGCUUGCGCUAUUGUGCUAGGCCUAAUCGUGUAUCUAUCGGGCACAAGGCAAUAUCGGUUCAAGAAAUUGGCAGGCAGUCCAUUGACACAGAUUGCCACUGUAUUUGUGGCUGCUUGGAGAAAAAGACACCUGGAAAUGCCUUCAGAUCCAUCAUUUCUUUACGAUGUUGAUUUUAUUGAAGAGGGACACAAGAACAAGCAACGACUUCCCCACAGCAAGCAAUUACGUUUCCUGGAUAAAGCAGCAAUCAAGGAUCCAAAAAUCAACGUGGUAAACAAGUGGAAUCUAUCAACCUUAACAGACAUAGAGGAAGUGAAAUUGGUACUUAGGAUGUUACCUAUUUGGGCUACCACUAUUAUGUUUUGGACAGUUUAUGCUCAAAUGACUACAUUUUCUGUGGCACAAGCAACCACCAUGGACCGUCACAUCGGAAAAUCUUUCCAAAUACCGGCAGCCUCCCUAACAGUGUUCUUUGUUGGAAGCAUUCUCUUGACUGUGCCAGUUUACGACUGGGUUAUAGCUCCAAUUGCUAAAAAAGUUCUCAAAAACCAAUAUGGGCUAACCCCAUUACAACGUAUAGCUGUGGGUUUGGUCUUCUCCAUAGUUGCAAUGAUAGCAGCAGCAUUGUGUGAAUUAAAGAGGUUGAGAGCUGCAAGAUCAAAUGGUUUGACCAACGAUCCAACGGCUGAGAUCCCAUUAAGUGUGUUCUGGCUGGUCCCACAAUUUUUCUUUGUGGGGUCUGGUGAAGCAUUUACAUACAUUGGGCAGCUUGAUUUCUUUCUAAGGGAGUGCCCUAAAGGAAUGAAGACAAUGAGCACAGGGCUGUUUUUGAGCACUCUUUCACUUGGAUUUUUCGUUAGCUCAUUGUUGGUUAGUAUAGUGCACAAGGUGACAGCGCACGGGCCAUGGCUAGCAGAUAAUCUGAACCAAGCCAAGCUUUAUAAUUUCUACUGGCUACUGGCCAUUUUGAGUGCUUUAAAUUUUCUGAUAUUUUUGGUUUGUUAUAAAUGGUAUGUCUAUAAGGACGAGAGGCUGGCUGAGUCAGGCAUUGAGCUCGAGGAACUUGAUGAGCCUGCAAUGCACUGAAGGUUUUUUUUUUUUUUUUCUGGUUUUUAGCUCACUAUGAUUUUCUGUUGAACAAGACAAAAGAUUUCAAUAAUUUUAUAUCCACAAAGUGCAUGAAUAGGAUAAACAAGAUGUUUAACUUUCUGAUAAUACAAAAUUAAGAAAUAUAUUUGUAUAUAUGAGCAAAUUGGGAUCUCCAUGCAUUCUCCAACAAGGAAUGCCACAUGACAAUCAAUUUAUUAUUGACAUGAACUAAAAUAUUCAAUAAUUAUUAUCU